AUGUCUGAUAAGAAGGAGCGGUUGCUGUUGGAUGUCAUUGGCACGCUUGAAGAUGCUGUUGAACAGAACCUGCUAGAUUUUAAGAAGUGGGGUCAGUUGAUAGAGCAGGUGGUAGCCAAAGACAAGGAAGAACAGGUUAGAGCGACCUUUGACAAAUACUUCACCAUCUUCAGGUUUGACGCUCGUCAGUGGAACAACUAUGUGAACUUUGAGUUGAACCGUGGAGAGUUCAAUAAUGUGGAGCAGAUCUUCGCCAAGUGUCUUCCAAUUACUAAUGAUGUGGAUCUCUGUCGAACAUAUGUCUCGUACGUUCGUCGAGUGAACGAUGUGAUCACUGGUGGUGAAAAGGCAAGAACUACUGUUCUUCUGGCCUUUGAUUUUGCCAUCAACAAGGUGGGAAUAGACGUGGACAGUGCCGAGCUCUGGAAGGACUACCUUGACUUCUUCAAGUCGUGGACGCCGUCGUCGUCAUGGGAACAACAACAGAAAACUGACCUCAUCCGUCGUUUGUACAGAAGAUGUCUUGUAAUUCCUGCUGCCAAAAUUGAGUCUACCUGGGCCGAAUACACAAAAUGGGAAAACGACGUAUCCACGCCGAACAGUGCUAGUAAGUUCAUCGCUGACCUCUCUACUUCGUAUAUGGAAGCCCGUUCAUGGAACACAGAAUACAAAAAUGCCACAAAGGGUCUGUUGAGAAGAAGAACUAUCCCCAUGUCUCUCCAGGAGGAUACCAACAACGUCUUGACCACUCAGAUAGAAGUAUGGUUCAGAUGGAUAGCACUAGAAAAGAAGAAUCAUCUCAACUUGAGAGAUCACGAACUACGUCAGAGAGUCGAAUACGUUUAUAAACAAGCCACAUAUACUCUCCCAUUUGUGCCUGAGGUAUGGUUCCGUUUUAAUAGGUUUUUGCUUUCAGAGAACGAAGAGGCUAACAGACCCAGAUGUAUUGAUGUGUUGACCGAAGGUGCUAAAUUGAAUCCGGGAAGUUUCCUUAUUGCAUUCCAGCUCAGUGAGUUGCUCGAGAAGGACAACUCGUUCGAAAGAGCUUCUGAAACUUUGCGUACCCUCAUCAAUCACCUUUCCAAAGACUAUGAUAAGCUCAAAGAAGAGCUCGACGCCUUGAACGCCAAAGUCAAGGAGAGCGCAACCAACGGUAAUGAGGCACCAAAAGAUUCCAAGGGAGAUGACAGUGACGACGACAUGAUCGACAAUAACAGCUCCGAGAUUAAGCUAUCCGAGAGUGAAGCUCUCGCUAUCCUUGGGCUUGAAGCGAAGCUUGAAGAACUGAGCCGUUCAGUCACUUUAGCGUAUAUAAAUUUGAUGGCCUUGAGUAAAAGAACGCAAGGUAUAAAGGAGGUCCGUGCUGUGUUCAAGCAAAGAAAGAACUACAAAGCAUUAGGCUACGAGCUCUUCGUUGAGAACGCCUUGACUGAGUAUUAUUCCGAUAACAAAAAGAUUGCGGACAAGGUGUUUGAUUUGGCAAUGAAGACUUACAGUCAAGAUGGUGCAUUCCUCUACGCCUACUUGGACUACUUGAUCCUUACCAACUCUGUCGAAAGUAUCAAGGUCUUCUUCGAGAUGGCUGUCACAAACCUUCAACAACAAAUUUCAGAAGAUCAAGAGUCAAUCCAGCUCACGAGAGGUAAUAUUCUAGAUCAAAAGAAGAGAACGGUCAGACUCAAAAAGAGUCAAAGUGCUAUGAAACGAAUCAUCAAGAGAUACAUAAGGUUCGCUUACAGUUACCUAGACCUAGACACUGUGCUUGCCCUUGAGAAGCGUUACUUACAGCUCUUCCCAGACGACGACGAGUUGAGCUUGUUCAUCGACCGCUAUAGAGGUAGCGCCGUUGAUGCCAUUGCCAAGUACGACUUGUGUACGGAAGCUAAGUCUGACUCUGAGGAUGAAGAUGAAGAGGAAGAGCCAGUUCGUAAGAGCAGAAAGAGCAAGAAGCGUCAAAAGUUGUCUUCCCCUAGCGAUAACUACUCCCCUGAGUCCACUUCGGGAAGCACCGCAAACAACUCUAUUGUCGGCAAUGGCCAAAUAAGCGGUUCUCAAGUGACACAACAAGAAAACCAGUAUGGAUUUGUUGGAAACACCAUCUACAGUCUUCUCCAAGUGUUGCCCAAUGCUGGAUACUUCGGGCCUCCUGGAGAACACAUCUUCAACAGCUCAAAGUUGGUGGAGCUCUUUAAUAACUUACCAGACCUUCCUAGCGAUAGCUAA